CUUGAGUUCACAUUGAUUCGUCAGUUUUGCGAUCAUUCAGCGUCAUGCCUGAACCAGCCAAGUCCGCGCCUAAGAAGGGCUCCAAGAAGGCCGUCACGAAGACCGCCGGUAAGGGAGGAAAGAAGCGCAGAAAGUCCAGGAAGGAGAGCUACGCCAUCUACGUGUACAAAGUGCUGAAGCAGGUUCAUCCUGACACCGGCAUCUCCUCCAAGGCGAUGGGCAUCAUGAACUCUUUCGUCAACGACAUCUUCGAGCGCAUCGCCGGUGAGGCGUCUCGUCUCGCUCACUACAACAAGCGCUCCACCAUCACGUCGAGAGAGAUCCAGACCGCCGUGCGUCUGCUGCUGCCCGGUGAGCUGGCCAAACACGCCGUGUCUGAGGGCACCAAGGCCGUCACCAAGUACACCAGCUCCAAGUAGAGUCCCCGAGACUCUCAGACCCAAAGGCUCUUUUAAGAGCCACCCAUCUACUCCGAUAAAAGAGAUUCUGAUGACUGAAAUUAUUUAAGUGGUAAGAAGUUGUCACUUCUGCUUUACUGUAUCUCAGUUUGUUUAUAAGUGUUUUGCAUAUUGAAAGUUUAAUACUUUAAUCAGCCAAGAUGUGACUAGUAGACUAAUCUUAUUCUCAGUUUCAAUCACGUGCUUGUGAGUUUAUUCAAAAUUGCUGCUAAUUAUAAGUUCUGAAAAGAUCUAUGAAAAUACAUCUAGAAACUUUUCCUUCGAUGAUAGUCUUUGUCACCCCACUUUCUCCUAUUUGAGGCCAGAAUCAAGUAUAACUCUUGUUUUCUGGACUGUCAGCAGUCAAUUAGACUGAGGCUGAUGAAGAUAAAGUAAUUCUCCGACACUAGUAACUCUAACUCCAGUAAAUACAUCAGGUACAGAGACAGAGUCAUCCUUAAGGGACUGAAUUUACUAGUUAUAUAUAGUUGCAUUCCUAAAUUCUUGGUCUACUCUAGGGGGAAAAAUAGAAACUAACGAUAAAAAUGAAGGGAGGUGUUGAUGUGCCUGUUUAGUCACAACAUGACACUUUUUUUGUUGUUCGAAACAUGAUAGCCAUAAAGAGAUCUUUUAUUUUACUGACAAAAAGAGUAGCAAAUAAUAAAGUGUAAUUAGUGAAAAUAUAAUACAAUUUACCUCAGGAAAUGGGAGCCCAAAAAUAACAAAAUAAUCUGCCAACUAAUUUUAGAAGAAACUAACUUAUGUAGUAAAAUAAAAAUCCACAAAACAAGAGAAAGUGUUUAACACUUGUGGUGUACCUGGUCAGAUAUGACAGGCCUGCAAAAAAUUGCUUAUAAAUAUUUUGUUAUGCUACCUUAUCAAUAAAUAAUGGAUUCAA